AACACCAUUACACUUAGCAGCAAGGAGUGGUCAUGUUUCCGUAGCAGAACAUCUACUUAAUUCUGGACAUUCGUUGGACCUAAAGGAUAAUGAUCAAGACACACCAUUGCACAAAGCCUGUAAAUACGGCACGCCGGAGGUUAUAGAAUUUCUGCUUCAAAAGGGUUCAGAUCUUCUUGCCUUUGGAAAUGACAACAGGACAUGCCUAGACUCUGCAGUAGCAAGUAAUAACAGCGAGCAUGCUCAGCCUGCGGCUAGACUAAGGGCAAUUAUCCGCCAUCUUGAAAGCAAGUACCCAGAGGAGCAGAAGAAGGUAAUGGAAAUUGUUCGACAAGCCGCUGGCAAGUGGACUGCUCGUUAUGGCAACGGCCGUUUUCUUCAGACUUACCUUCAGCUGGAGGAAUUUUAUUCCGAAGGCCAAGUGGACGCUAACACUCUAGUUGUUCUAGUUAGCGGGGAACAACUUGUUGGGAAGUCCACACUGAUCAAGACAUUGAGAAACGUAGGCGCCAAUGGAACAUCAAACGACUCGAAACGAACCCGAGGCAUCCAGAUGUCCAACUUCACUGAUGAGCGUGGUCAGCAUUUGCGUAUCAAAGAUCUCGCUGGGCAGGACGCGUUUUCAGCGACACACGACAUAUUCUGCCUAUCCACAUCAGUACCAAGCCUCGGUCUUGCUGUUGUCAAUAGCAAAUGGGACGAGAAACUGAUUACAACAAGCAUAACCACCACAGCUGGUCGGUUUUUGAGCAGGAUGCCACCAUCGGUAACAUCAGACCAGCCGUUCAAUGUCAUGAUCAUUGCGACCUUCCGCGACGAGAUCAAGAAAGAGGAUCAUGGAAAACUUGCUGCAAAGCUUGCCACAAGCUAUAGUAGUGUCGAGAAGGAGUUUGGUGAUAAACUCCACUUUCGAGGUCGCUUUGCUAUCAAUGCCACAGUCAAUGACGCGGACUUCGAUCGCCUGAGAGUAAAACUUUCUGAGGUCUGCAGAGAUAUCCUGAGCAAAUCUCGCAAGCAACCCAAAGUGCUCGGCCAGGCAGAGGAAGUACUGGCACAACUUCAUCAAAACAUCCGAGAGCCAUUCUCAACAAAUCUGGAGUUCUGUCGACAGCUUUGUGCGGCUAGCGCUGUAGAGUAUGAUGCCGAUUUCGAUGACGACGACGACGACGACGACGACGACGACGACGACGGCGACGACGACGACGACGACGAUGAUGAUGACGAUGAUGAUUACGAUGACGUUGACGAUGAGAACAGCAUCCACAUCGAACAAAUCCGUCGAUAUCGCAGGAUCCUCAAUGCCUAUGGCCUCAUUGUUUCUUUCUCAUCACCUGAGCUGGACGACAUCAUUGUUAACCGACCCAACUGGUUGCUCUCCACGGUCAUUGGUCUCAUUUUCGCACCACCUGGGCUGGACGAUGAAGAUAUGCUUCACUUCAAAGAUGGUGUUGCAAAGGUCCAGGAAGUCCUGGCCAAGCUUAACCGCUGCGAGGGAGCAGAAGGUCAGGGCCCUCUGCUGCUGCAGAUGGUAGUACAGCUAGGUGUGUUGCUGCAGGAGAAAGAAAGGAUCCUGGCACCCAGCCGUCUUCCGACCGCUGACAACUGCCUCGGCUCACUGGCCAAGAAAGAUUCAUCAUCUCGGUCGGCGUGCGCAGGAGUCUCUUUCACGACUCAGCACUGCUUCUCCACUGCUCUUGUUAUCAGGCUGCAGACAGAGCUGUACGCCUAUUUCCACGAGCUUCACGGCAUUCCUGCUGAGCUCUGGAAGAAUCUGGUGGUGGUGGCUCCAGUCCAUUCCACAGCCCGUGGUUGCAUCUCCGUCACGGACAGCCUGCGCCAAGCUGUCGCUGUUGUCCAUGCGCCUGUUGAAGAUACGCUAGAUGGCUAUUGUCUGCUGGCUCUGUUGCGCAAGGUGUUUGAUAGGCUAGCAGCACAGUACAGCCCGGGCACUAAUUACUCCACGAGCAUCCUCAGCUCCGCUUCCAUUCGUCAGCACCUCCACGAGCCAAGCACCAAGUUUGGUUUCGCUGUGUACGAUGCAGUGGAAGUACGAUCGUCCGUAGCAACACAGGGUAUUCUCUCCACUAGCCACCGUUACGUUGAUCGUGCCCCGCUUCUUCUCGAAUGGCCGGUCAACCAUGCUUCACUGCUCUCUGCACAGUCCUUCGAGUCCGUCCGAGGAAGCCUUGGUGAGUCCGACCUGCCUGCACUGGCCACCUGCCUGGGCCUUACAUCAUCAUCUUCAUCAUGUGGGCACAGUAAUCAUCUACACGCUGCAGCAGCAUUGGUCCACAGCUGGGCAGUUACCGACUACCAUCACACCUCAACCAAGCUUCACCAGCUGCUAGUGAAAUCACCGAACGCCCAGCGCUUUGCAAGGAUCUGCAAGGUGCUACGGCAGCAUGAAGAACUGCUGGCCGCCGAUUUCCCGGACAUAUUCCGGAAGCGUCGGGUGCAAGCCGUCCAGCCGGUCUCCGUCGGAGCUACUUCCUCCGCUGUUCAAUCAGACUCGGCAGAGAGCGUUCCUUCGAGCAGCCAGUCACACUCUGAUCAAGCCAGUCAGUCCACUGCUGCUCGCCAAGAUGAUGCUGGCCAUGCUGAGCAUGGAAGCUGUGGUAUUUUCCUAUCCACUUCACCACUCCAUGGCAUGUGGUCAACGGACGAACGCAUUGCAAACCUGUACGAGGAGAAUGAAGCGGAGCUCUCUGAACAAACAGACUCGGCAGAGAGCGUUCCUUCCGCCAGCCAGUCACACUCUGAUCAAGCCAGUCAGUCCACUGCCGCUUGCCAAGCUGAUGCUGGGCAUGCUGAGCAUCAUGCUGCUCAUGGAAGCCGCUGUGGUGUUGUCCUACCCGGUUCACCACUCCAUGCCAUGCGGUCAACAGACGAACGCAUUGCAAGCCUGCAUGAGGAGGAUGAAGCGGAGCUCUCUGAACAAACAGAGACGUUCUUGGAUAACCCAUUCGACCAUGCCAUCUUCAUAACAAAAAUCCACAUCUGGCUGCAAAAGCUGGAUGCUAAUGGCCUGCGUGACAAAGCACAGGAGUACGGCUUCUUAGCUUUUGAUCAGAUUGACAAGCUCAAACUGACCCUGAGGAACUACGGUGGCAGAGAUCACAAUUCUGAACUACUGGCUAUCAUCAUGGCACAGGAACGUGAUGGCUACAUCAAGCUGUGCAAGAUCGUCAAGGGUUAUGGACAGUACACAACGCAGCUUGAGCAGAUGAACAGUUUGCUGACGGAGAGUGAUCGAGUCUAAUCAGGUUACAGGCGACUACACUCUCUAACCACGUUACACUGUCAUGGUUGUUUGCAUGUUGCACAGCUGGACAUGUUUUUGUCCAUCAUUUCUGAUCACAGUAGUGGUUUGUGCAUUAUUUUCACUGCAGCUUCACUUGCUAGUCUUCAUCAUUACCUCAUGGAAAUGUAUGUGUGCGUGUGUGCAUUGCGAUGUCACUUGUUUUUUACUUUUUUUUACAUGACACAAUUACUAUGUUUAUGAACUACAGCUAUGCUCUUUCGAUUGUUAUUUUUCCCAUCAUUACACCACAGAAUUUGUUUGUGUUACCCACAGUUUCACUCUUUUUUACCCAUCAUUCCAGACCCCUGUGAGCUUUUUUGUCAUUGUUAUUCCCUUGCCAGCCUACAUCACUACCGACCUGCAAUAUGAUUGCGGGUGUGUGUGCAGUGAUGUUUUCAUUCUUUUUCUGUGACUUUUACACAACAUGGUGUGUUUGUGUACAGUGCUGUUGCGCUUGUAUCAUUUCUUAUCACUACAGCCCAGAAUACAUGUGUGGGUGGGUGUGUGGACUGAUCAUGCACUUCAUUACUUUUAUCCAUGAUGUGAGAUCACAGUGUGGUCUUUGUGCAGCUCAUCACUGUUUUCAUUGCUAUUUUCGUUGCUUUUUCACCUCCAGCUGUUUUCGUUGCUUUUUCACUGCCAGCUGUUUUCGUUGCUUUUUCACUGCCAGCUGUUUUUGUUACUGUUUUUUUUGUUUUUCGCUUCUAGUAUUCUACAUGGUUGGAGUCGGCAAAGUAUUUUCAUGCUCUGCUGUUUUCUGACUUUGUUUUCUGAAUCAGUAAGGAACACACUUUGUCGGAACUGCACUUUCCUUGGCAUGCCUUCUUUUUUAAUUACAGCACAGAAUGUGUGUGUUUGUGUGUGUGUGUGUCUGCACUGAUCUUGCACUUGUUUUCCUUAUCAUUGCACAACAUGAUGCUUUUGCACUUUACCAAGGUUUACACCAUGUACCACUGCUGCAGUUGCCUUGCCGGAUCAUUACGUCAUUACGUCAUUACGUCAUUACGGUACACAGCUUGUUAGUGUACUGUGCACUGCACUUUCUCUAUUUUCAUCAUCAUUAUUCGGAAGUCUUGUUUUUCUUAUCCAUACGGAGACCCGACCUUCACAGUGU